AUGGCGGCGUACGUGCAAGACAGCAUAAUGCUCCUCGGCGAUUCCCUCACCCAGGGCGGGUACGAAUUCAAUGGGUUCGCCGCCCAGCUCGCCCAUGUGUACAACCGUAAGAUGGACGUGGUGAACCGCGGCUUCAGCGGCUACAACACCGACUGGAUUCUCCCCGUCUUCGAUCAGCUCUUCGCCACCAAGGAGCAGCAGCAGCACCUGCCCAAGGUCCGCCUGCUCGUGAUCUGGUUCGGCGCGAACGACGCCGCGCUCCCCGUGCGGGACCAGCACGUCCCGCUCGAGCGCUACAAGGCCAACCUCGCCCACCUCGUCGCCGCCGUGCGCUCGCCCGACUCCCCGCGCCACUCGCCAGACACCCGGAUCGUGCUCAUGACCGCCCCGCCGGUGAACACGCACCAGUGGGGCGUGCGCCAGGCCGAGCGCGGGAACGUGAUGGACCGCGACUUCGAGACGACGCGGGCGUACGCCACGGCUGCGAAGGAGCUCGGCGCGGCCGAGGGCGUGCCCGUCGUCGACCUCUGGACCACGAUCUACGACGCGGCCGGGCGGGAGGAGGCCGCGCUGAAGAAGUUCAUGACUGACGGCCUGCAUCUGAACAGGGACGGAUACCAGAUCGUGUUCGACGAGUUGAUCAAGACGAUCGCGGAGAACUACCCGGAGUACCAUUAUGAGAACCUCAAGUUUGUCUUCGUCACGUUCGACCUGAUUUGCGAGGACCUGAAGAAUUACCAAGAGAUCUUGCAGAAGCGCAGCGCAUUCUAG